AUGGAUUUCUACAAAAAAAGAGAAAGAACGGUGUUGCACAGCCUUAUAUCAAAGCAGAUAAGCCCCACAGACUCAACGCCACUUAAUGUCCAUGAGGUAAAGAAGUAUUGUUAUUACGGGUUUUCCAACGCAUCUCUUAGGCCAAAGUACUGGAAGGUGUUCCUUGGGUACUAUAGCAAGAAUAAGUUCAGGACGGAAAUGUUCCUUAGAAACAUGAGAAACUCAUAUAGCUUCUAUGCGGGAAGAGUUGGAAACAAGUUUGAAGGAAAAGAGGAGUGCUACAAGGUGAUUGAGAAUGAUGUUUCCAGAACAUUCAUCAAACCGCGAGUGGAUUAUGAGGGUCCUGGAGAAAAAGAGAGGUACUGCGAAUUUCUAGAUGGUACAUCCGAAAACUCUGAAGAAACACACAGAGAUGUAAUCAAGAGGAUACUGAAGUGCUAUGCAAUGUCAAACUCAUCUGUUCGGUAUGUUCAGGGAAUGAAUCUUGUCUUAAUAGCCAUAUACUAUGUUUUGUAUCUAAGCGACGAUGAAGAGGACAGGAAGUAUUGCGAGGAGGAUUCUUUUUUCUGCUUCAACUCGCUGAUGGCCGAGAUAGGAGAUAACUUCAUAAGGGAUCUUGACCGGUGCAAUGGAGGGAUAAUGCACAGAAUGUCCGUAGUCAUGGAGAUAGUCAAGAAGGCAGACGGGGAGCUGUAUGGAGUGAUGAGAAGAAAGGGCCUAACUGAGGAAGGAUUCCAUAUGAAGUGGAUACUACUGAUGUUUAUGUCAUGCUUUGAAAUUGAAGAUGUCAUAUGGCUAUGGGAUAGACUUCUUAGCGACACAUACAGAUUCGAGAUGGUGCUGUAUUGCUGUGCCUCUGCAAUAAUCAUAAUGCGAAAUGUGAUAAUUCAAGAAGACUUCGAUGUUUGCAUGGAGCUACUCCAGAAGCCAUCUGUUGUAGGUGUGGAGACGAUGUUCAAUGUGGCAGACCAUCUAAGAAGAAAGAGCAGCGGAACCUCGAAAGACGGAUGA